GACAGAGAGACAGAGAGACAGAGAGAAGAUGAGGGGAGACGGGAGAGAGAGAAGAGAGAGGGAAACAGAGAUGAGGGGAGAGAGAGAGAGAGAGAGAGAGAGAGAGAGAGAGAGAGAGAGAGAGAGAGAGAGAGAGAGAGAGAGAGAGAGAGAGAGAGAGAGAGAACUAGACAGGAAGAGGGAGCGAGAUACAGAGAGGGAGAGAGAGAGAGAGAGAGAUACAGGGAGAGAGAGAGAACGAGAGAGAGAGCAAGAGAGAGAACGAGAGAGAGAGAGCAAGAGAGAGAACGAGAGAGAGAAGAGCGAGAGAGAGAGAGAUACAGAGAGAGAGAGAGAGAGAGAGAGAGAGAACGAGAGAGAGAGCAAGAGAGAGAGCGAGACAGGACCAGACACACAGAGAGAGAGAGAGAGAGACAGGACCAGACACAGAGAGAGAGAGAGAGAGAGAGAGAGAGAGAGAGAGAGAGAGAGAGAGACAGAACCAGACAGGCAGAGAGAGAGAGAGAGAGAGAGAGAGAGAGAGAGAGAGAGAGAGAGAGAGAGAGAGAGAGCGAGACAGGACCAGACACACAGAGAGAGAGAGAGAGAGACAGGACCAGACACAGAGAGAGAGAGAGAGAGAGAGAGAGACAGGACCAGACAGAGAGAGAGAGAGAGAGAGAGAGA